AUGGCUCGACGUGGUCGCGGACGAGCAUCUGAGGAAGAUUUCUACGAAGAAGAGCAGCGGUAUUACCGUCAUCCAGGAAAGGAUACUCCGGGGGACCGCCAGAAACACGUCAUCGAGGAAGAUGUAGAAUUUCGCCGGCGGCCUACCAACGCACGAUCUCGUGAAAUGGAUAAAAAUGCGUUUAAUGGACAUAUGGGGAGCUCGAGCGAAGGGCCUUCGGUGCUUCAACGACGUAUAGAGAGUUUGACGAAACCCGCAUAUCGUACCCCCGUGAAAGGGCACGGAAAUACCCGAUUGGAUGAUCGCAUCAUUCACAGGAGAGUAAAAUCGAGACCUCGCAGGCCCGCUCUGCGACAUGAAGAUGAAGUCAUGAUACGUGAACGAGAAUAUGAUAGCGAUCACUUCUCCAGGCGUCCGAGAAGAAGGCCAGCGGGCCAUUCUCACGACAUAGAUGUCGAGAUAGACCAUGGGGAGCAUAAGGAUGAAGUCUUUUACCGUAGUAGAUCUACGGAACGGCAGAGGCCGAAGACAGAUGAGGGAGAGGGUAUUUUCAUCGCCACAGAAGAUAAACGAGGUGGUCGAGGGAGACGAUCAGAAAGAGGCGAUGUCAUCAUCAGAAGGCGCAUUGAUAGAUCGUUUUCCCCAGAGCCGUCCAUAGAGUUAACCCGGUCUAUUCACGCUCCGCCAAUCCAUCAAGACAUCGUAACGCAUCACAGACAUAUUGACCAUGGCUAUGAAAAUGCUGCUCCCACGGUGCGCCCUCUACAAUCGUCGAAGAAAAAGGAGCUCGAUGAAAUUGAUAUUCGAGAAAGGCAUAAUCAUGGUUUCGACAACUCGGAGGUCAUCCAUCGCCGAGAAUAUGAUUAUGAGCCAUCUCUAUCCCAACGAAGUCGAAAUGAAAGAGAUGAAGUGAUGUUACCGCACUCGAAGAACCGUAGAGCUGGUCAAGAUUGUGAGCGGGAUGUCCUAGUCAUUCGUGACCGUGAAAACGCUCAAGACCAUCGUGAGAGGGCCGACAUUAUGACGGAAGCCGACUAUUAUUAUCGUCACCACACCGCUGGUGCAACCAUUGGUGAAGCAUACAAUGGAGCAACAAAGGAUUGGAGCAUGAUAGAUGUACCUCCCGGGACCAAAAGAGUAACUCUGGACGGCGUGGGAGGUGCAAGCCAAGAAAUCAUAUGGCAGCGAUAUAACGGCGCUCGAAGAUCAAAAUUCAGUGCUGACGGAGAAGAGUAUGACGCCGAUUUCGAGAGGCCAAACGUUGGCAAGCGCUAUAUGGGGGUCAAGAACAAGAAGGAUAGGCUUUGGACAGAGAUAACGAAGGAUUUGGUUGCCAAAAAGGCAAUUGAGAAGGCAGGCUAUGACUACGAAGAGACGGAAGAUUUCUACUACGUCUUUUCUUAUUUACGAUAUGAUGACGUUGCCCACCUUGUUCGAAUCUCAGAAGAUUGUAGACGUGCUCAGCGUGAACGGAUUCGAGAUUUCCAAACCGAGCGUGGUGUGAAAUCUCAACCACUAGCUCUCCCGGCCACCACUCAACAUCCGACAACAGUGCUGGUGGAUCGAACAACAAGGGAAGUAGAGGAGGAAUUCUACUCGGACGAUGACGUGAUAACCGGGCCUGGUCGGAGAGGUUACCAGGGCCGUAGGUGGUGA